GGACACGUAAUCUUCAAAUGCUAAAAAUUGACGAAAACAUAACCUCAUAAACAUUAGCGAGUGUAUAAAAGUUUUAAACAAUUUUAUUUUAAUUAUAUUUUAAAGUAAUAUGGCAGAAGAAAAUGGUGAAGUUCAAGUAAAAGAUGAUGUACCAAAUGAAGAAAAGGUACAAGAAGAAUAUGCGUAUUUGGAUCGGGGAGGUUUCUCUUCGGAAAAGUUUAAAAUUGAACUGCGUGGACUACCCAAGUUUUAUGGAAUAGCGGAAUUAAAAAAACUUAUGAACAAUAAACUCGGAUUGAAUACAAGUAAAAUCAAAAGACCUAAACAUGGCAGCCACUGGUUGUAUGCAUGCUUCCAAAAUGAUGAGGAACGCAAGAAAGCUAUUGAAGCACUCAAUGGUUUCUCAUGGAAAGGUAAAACUUUAAUAGCUGAAGAGGCGAAGCCAGCACCAGACCCAUUAGUUAAGAAAAGGAAACAAGAUGAGGAUGUACCAGAACAGAAUAAGAAGAAGAAAAGCGAUGAUGAAGGCAAGAGUCAGGAGGAGAGGCUGAAGGAUGCCACCACUCCAUACUGGAAUAUCACUUAUGAAAAUCAGCUGGCAGUGAAAGAAAAAGAAAUAAGAAACAUACUAAUGAGGUUUGACAAUGAGAUCUGGAAAAUAGACAGGAAUAGACGACAGGAAAUUCAAAAGAACCAAAAACAGUAUGGAGGUUUAAGUUUCGAACUCAGACCUAUAGAGAAGUCUCCUGUUACUGAGGGGUAUAGGAACAAAUGUGAGUUCACUGUUGGGAUUGAUGAAGAGUCCAAGUUGCCCACGGUAGGCUUCAGACUCGGCAGCUACGUCACUGGUACUGUUGGCGUUGGACCAAUACAAGGAAUGAUCCACAUCUCUGAACAGACAAAGAAGGCUGUUUUGCUAUUCCAAGAGUUUGUGCGCAAGUCCAAGCUAGCGCCGUUCUCUCCGACCGACUACUCAGGGUACUGGAGGUAUCUCACUGUUCGUGACUCCACUUCCACUGGUGAAGUUAUGCUCAUCGUUGCCAUGCAUCCUCAGGCACUGACAGAGGAUGAAAUUGAUGGAAUCAAGAAGGGUUUAAUUGACCAUUUCAAUUCAGAAGAAGCAAUCGCUUGUGGAAUCAAGUCGCUCUACUUUGAACUUGUCGUCAAAAAACGGGUAGGUGAAGAAGGGUCUAAACCAAUACACCUAUCAGGUUCCACUCACAUCACGGACACCAUUCUUGGCAAACAGUUCAGGAUAUCACCGGAGGCAUUCUUCCAGGUAAAUACGGCUGGCGCGGACGUGUUAUACCGAAGCGCUAUCGAGAUGAGUGAGGUGCGACCAGACUCCACCGUCGUCGAUAUAUGCUGCGGGACCGGCACUAUUGGACUGUGUUUUGCUGAGCACUGUAGCAAAGUGCUAGGCCUAGAAAUGAUAGCGGAAGCUGUCAAAGACGCUAAAGCGAACGCGGAGCUGAACGGCAUAGAGAACUGCGAGUUCUUCACUGGCAAGGCGGAGGAUAUACUGCCGUCAGUGCUGGCCAGAGCCACCGGGGAUGAUGUUAUCGCUAUUGUGGACCCGCCUAGAGCUGGACUGCACAUGCGAGCAGUAACCCAGCUCCGCAAUACGAAGAAGGUCAAACGCCUUGUCUACAUCUCAUGCAGUCCCUCCUCCGUGGUGAAGAACUUCAUAGACUUGACCCGUCCCUCGUCCAAGACGUUGCGCGGCGCUCCCUUCCUGCCGGUGCGGGCGGUGCCCGUCGAUAUGUUCCCUCAGACUAAACAUGUGGAACUCGCUAUAUUGUUCGAGAGAGAGAAGGUGCCGGAUCCCGUGGAAGAGGAAUCAGUGAAAUCCGAAGACGCUGUCGUCGAUACGAAAGUACAAAGUGACAAUAAUGAUGUACAUAUAGAUGAUGUAAAUAACCAAAGAUUAGCAGAAAGUGAGUCAGUCUUAGACCCAAAUGGCGAAUUCCUACUGAAAUGGCGAGUUGAUUAUUCCUUCCGCAAGAUUCAGUUUCAAAUAGUAAUAUCGGAAACCGCACCAUCUUUCCACUGGUUUGCGUUAGGAUUCUCUGAUAGAGGAAAGUUCAAUAAUUCCGAUGUCUGUGUGUUCUGGACUGAUUAUAAAGGAAAACACCACUUUGAGGAUAUGUACGGAGAUGAUGAAGGUAACUUGAUGCGAGAUCCUAAGCAAGACUGUGACGCAUUUUACUUGGACCCUGAGACUCAUAGCUUGGUAUUUGAACGGUUUUUCGACACAUGUGACAAUGAUGACUAUAUUAUUGAGGAAGGAACAGUCCACGUAGUCUGGGCUCACGGCAACGACAAACUAUUCACAUCCAAAGGCCUCUGCUUGACCUGCACUCCAACCACAGACCACGGCUUCAUAAGAGUUCGACUCUUCACUCCUGUCGGUCAUCAGAGAGUUGGUGAUGCUUACCAAUUGCGGAUUACCAACAAGAACUUGAAGGUACCUGGGGAUGAUACCACGUAUUGGUGUCAUGUGGUCAAGCUACCAGAAUUUAUAACGAAGAAGGUUCAUCAUAUCAUUCAGUUCCAAUCUACCAUCACAAAAGGAAAUGAGGGCUUGGUUCACCAUAUGGAAGUAUUUUAUUGCGACACCGACCCUAACAAGGAGGUCCCUCUUUAUGAAGGCAACUGUUUCGCUCCUGACAGGCCUGAAAUCACCAAAACAUGUUCAAAGGUAAAAGCAGCAUGGGCCAUGGGUGCUCCUCCAUUUACAUAUCCAAAGGAAGCUGGUUUGCCUCUCGGAGGACCGAAAGCAAACAAAUACUUAAUGCUGGAAGUGCAUUAUAACAAUCCGGAACUAAGAAAAGACUGGGUAGACAGUUCAGGUAUAAUACUCCAUGUAACUGGACAAAGAAGAAAAUACGAUGCAGCCAUUAUGGAGCUCGGCUUGGAAUAUACCGACAAAAUGGCGAUACCUGGCAGACAGAAGGCUUUUCCGUUGACUGCAUACUGCAUCCCGCAGUGUACCGGAGUGGGUCUACCAUCAGACGGUAUUGUAGUCUUCGGUAGUCAGCUCCACACGCACCUGACGGGAGUGGCCGUCUGGACAAGGCAUUCGAGGCAGGGGGUGGAGCUGCCCUACCUCAACAAGGACCUGCAUUACUCCACGCACUUCCAGGAGAUCAGAAUCUUGCAUCGCCCUGUUAAUGUUUUGCCGGGUGACUACUUAGAAACGACUUGCAUUUACAACACGGAAGACAAAGACAAUGCCACAGUGGGGGGUCACGCCAUUACUGACGAGAUGUGCGUCAACUACAUGCACUACUACCCCGCUACAGAGCUGGAAGUCUGCAAGAGUGCCGUCUCCAACGCUGCUCUUGAAAGCUAUUUCAAGUUUGAGAAACGAUGGGACAACAUGUCAAUCUCAUACAAGGCGGCUCCCCGCGCGAACUAUCUAUCCAUCAAGCCGUGGACUCACCUGAGGGCCAACGCGCUGCAUGCUCUCUACACCGAAUCACCUAUAUCUAUGCAGUGCAACAAGUCUGAUGGCAGCCGCUUCCAGGGAGACUGGGAAGGAAUAGAGAUACCAAAGAUCAAGUUGCCCCUGCCGCCUGAAAAGAGAGUGUGUCCAGACAUGAUUAUUGACAAAUAAUCUCAGUAUUCAACUUAUCACCUUUAUUAAAUACCUAGUAGUUAAGGGUCGAAUGCUUAAUACUCACUUAGGCAUUGUUGUAGAGACAUAAGCUAAAAACGUAUAUUUAUCGUUAUAUAAAUCUUGUUCAAAUACAUACAUAUUGUAAAAGUCAUAGUUUAGCUAGGUACUUAAUGUAUUCGUUGUGAUAAAAAGUUUUAACGUGUUAGCUGUAGACAAUGAUAAAUUGUUGUACAUUAUUUUGUCAACUAAAUGUGGUUGGCUAUGAAUGUCUACAUUAUUUGGAAUCUACGUAGUUGUAAUAAACUAAGAGUGACAUUAUGCAAUAAUAAAAUAAAAAUGUAUAGUAAAUAAACUACUAUGUUUUA